AUGGCUGGCAAGACUCAGGAUUCCGCCGGACAGGUCAAGUUCCUGGUUUCCUGCAUCAAGUUCUCCAGCAAUGGCAAGCCUGACUUUGAGCAAGUCGCCAAGGACCGCAACAUCGUGUCCAAGGCUGCAGCCCAGAAGCGAUACGAGCGCAUGAUCAAGGCUGCCAACGAGGCCGACAGUGACAGCAACAACAAGGAGGAAGAAACACCCAAGAAGGCCACGCCGGCCAAGAAGCGCGCUGCCAAGGCUGCUCCUGCUGAUGAGAAGCCGACACCCAAGAAGCGUGGCCGUCCCGCCCGCAAGACCCCCGUCAAGAAGGAGGAGUCCUCCGAGGACCUGACUGAGGAAGAGGAGGAGGAGCAGAAGCCUGUUCCCGAUGAAGAUGAGGAGGACGUCAAGUCUUCCGUCAAGUCGCCCGUCACGCCCAAGAAGUCCGCUCAGAAGAAGACGUCCAACGGUUUCACCCCGGCCAACCCCAAGCCCGAGGAGAAUGAGGACGAUGAGGAGACUGCUUUCUCUGCCAAGGACAAGGAGGGCUACAAGUCCCCUUUCUAA